UUGCCCACACCGAUUUUGUAGUCGCCAACCUCGAGAAACUUAACCACUUAUUGUGCUUCCAGACUUCAACUUGUCACGAUCGUGCUCAUCACUGGUCAUCAUCAUGAAAGUUACCUCUGCUCUCGUCCUUGCGUUCGUUGCUGGUGUGCAGGCUCAGCCCUCAGUCAAUAUCUCAGCACUACCCAGUGGUACUACGCCCCCAACCUUCACCAUCCCUCCGCCCCCCUCAAUGACUUUAUCUUCGUUGACUUUAACCGGUCCAACUUUAACACUGCCUAGUGGCAUGUCAUUCGGGCCUAAUACGACGACGUCCACGUCCACGUCGACGAGUGCAACCGUCAAGUCUACGGGCGCAGCAAUGGCACUGGCAGGCUCGUAUGCUGACACUGAAUUGGUAAUGGGAGCUAUGGCAGGGUUCUUCGGGGUUUUUGCCUUUCUAGUGUGAAAACUACUAGUUUAUACAUGGACCAUGGUGAGAACGGCCAUGCGCGCCUUUUUACGAUGGAGCGUUGGAUCAACUAUAUCUAGAUAGAGGAAUAGACUAGUUUAUGCAUUGUGCUAUGCUACCAAUUAGUCGUGAUAAGGUAUACUAGUAGAACGAAUCAUUUGUGUUAUGCAUGGGCACAACAUGACUGCAAAAUAAAUAACAAGUUUAGCCGCCAGUUUUACGCUCGUGCCAAGGCGCGCACAACACUUUCAUGAGAGAAAAUAGAAUAAAGGGUGACAUGUCCGCGCUUUCGGAUUAGGUUUUCAUCCCAAACAACUAC